AGGGGGAGGCGCAGUGUUUGGAGGAUUUGCUCGGGCGUUCUCUCGCUCCAAAGUUUUCAUGGAAACGUGCGCGCUCGCUGCACUACUUUAGACACUUUUUUUCUGUGAGUCAUCGAGGGACUCCGACAAGUUUUCUAAAACUUUUUGGCCCGCUUCGACGACUUUCUCCCUUCUCCGCAACCCCCCCUCCCCCUCUCCCCGGUGUGAGGUUUGGUUUAUGCCCGGCCGCGGAUCCGUUGCGGUGGAGCAGCAAAGGGAGCACCCCCCGCUCUGGAGCGCUGAGACGGAUUUGACCGGCGGAGGGUCUGACACAGGCCGCUUGUGUUGUUCUUACGGGGUUUCGAGGGGUUUAAUUAUCUGCAUCCUACUUGUCCUGGGAGUUUCGCGAACAUGUCAGGAAGCAAUUUACGCACCAAACUUCGACUCGUGCCAAGCAACGCUGGAGCGUUUCACCGGUGCGUCAAGGGCGACUUUUUGUAGAGCAGCCUUUUGGCACCGACACCUCGCGUACUUGCUGGCGAUCAGGUCCCUGGCCUGCGGGCUUGGAUUCGAGCUUUUGCACCAUAUCGGUCUGACUGUAAACAAGUUUUUCCUCACGUUAUGGAGGGUGAGCAGGGGACCGGUGCGCCCUCCGAGGAGCCCCAGGCGGACAGCGCCGCCGCGUCCGACAGUUUUUCCCAACUGUGGACGGACGUCAUGGGGAUGCUGGAUGGUUCUCUGGGCAACAUAGAUGACCUUGCCCAGGAGUACUCUGAGUACUACAACACCUGCUUCAGUGACGUCAGUGACCGCAUGGAGGAGCUCCGCAAACGGCGAGUCUCCCAGGAACUGGACAUGGAGAAACAGGAUCCAAGCAGCACCUCUCUGCAGCUCCGUAAUGAGAUCCAGGAAUCUUUAGGAUUCAGCAGUGAGGUGUCCACUCCUGAAACAGACAGAAAGAUGCCCCUGCACAAGUCCAGCUCUGAAGAUGGAUCUGGAGGCAAAUGGGACAACAAGAAGAAGAACAAAUCUUUCUGGCAGAACUUCCGCAAAUCUCAGCACAAACCCGUCGUGCGGCAGACAUCCAAAGGAGAGGACAUCGGCUACGUGGCCAGCGAGAUCACCAUGAGCGACGAGGAGCGGAUCCAGCUGAUGAUGAUGGUGAAAGAGAAGAUGAUCACCGUGGAAGAAGCUCUGGCUCGGCUGAAGGAGUAUGAGCGCAGCAGACAGUCCAGCAGCACUGACACUGCUGAGUGGACUGACGGAUCCGCGCCCAAUCUAAACCAGUCCUCGAACUGCAACUCCCGUGAACAGUCAGAUGAUGAGCAAUCAGAGGACUCUGUGAAGUUCAAACGGCUUCACAAAUUGGUUAACUCGACACGCCGGGUCAGGAAAAAACUCAUCAAGGUGGAGGAGGGCAAGAAACACGCCUCUGAAGAUUUUCUGAACCUGGAGGCUCCUCCCACAUGUGAGGACAACACCGCUCUGUACACAGGCGUCCUGAAGAAGCCCCUUCUGCCCCAGGAGGCUUCUCUGCCCUCCCUCACCCACGAUCAGCUCUCUCUGGAUGGAGACACAGACAGUCUGACGACCUCCCCUUCCUCCAGCAGCCUGGACACCUGGUCCGGACACAAGUUGGUCAAAACCUUCAGCAAGUCUUCCAGUACCCACGGUCUCAUCCGGCCUCCCAGGAGAACCCCAGCUGGCUCCAGCGCCCUGGGAGGCUCCAUCUCCGCUGUGGCAGGCAGCGGCUCCUCCUUCUCGGAGCUCGACGGCUGUGGAUUGGACGAUGAGGGAAAGUUGUCGCGCUCCACAACCGACGGCGAGAUGAGGAAGGCCCUGAGCUCCAUCUCCCACGGGAGAACGUGCAGCUUCGGCGGCUUCGACCUGUCCAACCGCUCGCUCCAUGUGGUCAACACGGGCUCCGAGGCCAACAAUAAAGAGCAGGAGGCGAUUUACAGAGAAGUGGUCAAAUCUCCCACCACGUCUCGGAUCUCGCUGGGCAAGAAAGUCAAGUCGGUGAAGGAGACGAUGAGGAAGCGCAUGUCGAAGAAGUACAGCAGCUCCCUGUCCGAGCAGUCCAGUCCGGAUGGAGCCCCCGGUUCCCCACAGUCCCCGCUGCCUGACACCGACUCUCUGGAGAAGCCGAAGCUGAAGGCCGGAGGCUCCGUGGAAAGCCUGCGGAGUUCACUCAGCGGACAGAGUUCAAUGAGCGGCCAGACGGUGAGCACCACCGACUCAUCGGCCAGUAACCGAGAAAGCGUGAAGUCAGAAGACGGCGACGAUGAGGAGCCGCCCUACAGAGGACCGUUCUGCGGCCGAGCCCGGGUCCACACAGACUUCACUCCGAGCCCUUAUGACACCGACUCCCUCAAACUCAAGCGCGGGGACGUGAUUGACAUCAUCAGCAAGCCGCCGAUGGGGACGUGGAUGGGCCUGCUGAACAACAAAGUGGGCACCUUCAAGUUCAUCUACGUGGACGUGCUGAACGAAGAAGAGGAGAAGCCCAAAAGGCCCGUGAGGAGGAGGAGAAAGGGCCGACCACCCAAACCCACGUCGGUGGAGGAGCUGCUGGAGCGCAUCAACCUCAAGGAGCACAUGCCCACGUUCUUGUUCAACGGCUACGAGGACCUGGACACGUUCAAGCUGCUGGAAGAGGAGGACCUGGACGAGCUGAACAUCAGAGAUCCUCAGCACAGAGCCGUGCUGCUCACCGCCGUGGAGCUGCUGCAGGAGUACGACAGUAGCAGCGAUCCAGAGCGCGGCGGCCUGUCCGGCUCCCAGGAGAAGCUGCUGUCUGAGGGUCAGGGCCUGGUGGGAGACUCCCCACGGGACUCUGGCUGCUACGAGAGCAAUGAGAACCUGGAGAAUGGUAAGAGCAGAAAAGCUUCCCGUUCCAGCCGUUCUUCAGCAGGACUCCAGUCUCCAGACUACCCGACGCUGCCCAUGACUCUCUCCACAGAGGCCCUGCAACAGAACGGCAAAAACCAGCGCACAAAGUUCCCAAAAAGCUUCUUCAUCAAGCCCUCUCUUAAGGGCUUCAACUUGCUGGGGCUGCGCAAAGCCCAAAGACGGUCCCCCAUCCCAGCCAGCCGCAGCUGUGAGGACCUGGAUGGUCCCCCGCAGCCCACUGGGCCCUGGAAGCGCUCGCACUCUCUGGGAGAUUUGAACUGGGAGCAGAAAAAUGAUCUGAGUGUGGAGCUCAGAUCUGCCAAGGAAGCACCCAAAUCAGGCCACAGCAGCCCCAGCAAAGUCUGCAGAGAUGACGGGUCUCCGGCUCAAAAUGGGACUCCAUCAGUGAGCCCUAAAGCGAGGGCCGACAGACCGCCCAUACCCUCCCAGCUGCCUCUCCGCUCCCCUUGUCCCACGACCCAGUCCCCCAACCAUCCAGAGCCCCUCUCCAGUCCCACUCCGAGUCCUCCCGAUUCUAGCGCAAGUGGGGAGAGGGUCGUCCGGACUCACCCCAAAAAGCCUCCCAUCCCUCCUCCCGUACCCGCCAAGAAAUCUAAAGAAAGACUCGCCAACGGCCUGCGCCACCCGCCUCUCUCCCUGCCCUCCACGCCGUCGCCCACCCCUUCGCCCACCCACUCCCUCAACCGCUCUCACCCCAGUAGCCCCGUAAUCCGCAGCAGCAGCAGCAGCCCCAGCCCCAGCCUCGGCGCUCCCGCUCUGCCGGCCAAGACCCCGAGCACCCCGGCCAGUCCGUGCGCCACCUCCUCGGCCUCCUCCAUGGGCGAGGAGUCGGGCACCCCACCAGCAGUGCAGCCUCCGUGGCUCUCGGAUCUCGGGGGCAAGAUGGCUGUAACGAGGAAGGCCUCCCAUGCCAAGAUGGGCCCUGACCUGCUCACCCUGCUGGAACAACGGCUGCAGGCAGAGGGCAUCGACCUCACUGAGGAGCCCUACUCUGACAAGCACGGCCGAUGUGGCAUCCCCCAGCCGCUGGUUCAGCGCUACUCGGAGGACCUGGAGCAGCCUGUCAAGGAUGUGGCCUCCAACAUGGACCAGCUCCGAGUCAAAGAGCUCCGCAAACAGCACCGUAUGGCUAUCCCCUCUGGAGGUUUGACAGAGAUGUGCCGGAAGCCUCUCUCCUUCGGUAACAUCAGCACAGUCUCCGAUUGGCUCGUCUCCAUCGGCUUGCCCAUGUACGCCACGUCUCUGGCAGCCGUGGGCGUCGACACGCUGAGCCGCGUGGCCUUGUUAACGGAGAGCAGCGUGUGGGAAGCCGGGGUUCGGGACGAAAGGCACGUCCGCCGCCUCGUCACGGAGGCGCGAUCGGUCAACGCGCACAGAGAGGUGCAGUCCUAAUCGUGUCAGCAGGUAUCAGCUCACUGGUUUGUCUCAUUUAAACACGGCCGGCAGGCAGCCACGGAGGAAACCGGCCACGAGAAGCGACCGUCGUACUUCCUGUCCCGCACACGACUGAUUUCCUCUCUCUUCAUCAUUCACGUCUUUUCUCAAAUGUUUACGGCACCGAGGAGUUUUUAAUCUCCCACCAGCCAAGACAAGAUAUCAGAUGCCUUUUCAAAAAAAAAACAAAAAAAAACACAGACUCACUCUGUGGGAUGGCUUUUAUUCUGAAGACACCCCCAAAGUCUUAAAAUAAAGACUUGGAUCUGCCUUUAAGGAAGAUAGCACACUCUUUUUGUAGGAUGGAUGUUUUUUUUUUUUUUUUCAAACACGGAAAGACGUUUUAUUUCCUGCAUAUUUCAUAAGUGCUUCAUUUUCAGCUCUUGCGGCGAGGCGACAUUAAUCAGAGGGUGUUUUUAAAAAGGAAGAAGCUCGGCCAAAGUGUUUCAUUCUCCACUAACAGGUUCGCGGCGAGCGGCUUCACUUAACACGCGGACUUUUAACCGACUAAACACAUACACCAAAAUAACAGGUGGCUUUGAGGUGGCUUAUUUUGUAUCAUGUUUCUGUAUUAUAGCAUAAUGCACAUCUUAAUUUUCAAAUGAUUUAUAUGUUUUUAAAAAAAAAAAGUUUGCCUUUUGAAUGUUGCAGCCUUAUUUGGAGGCCAGCGCUCGAUCGUUUCUAAGCUGACGUCACACCCUUUGUAUUUCAUAUCUUACUGAAGUUUCACCGCAUAUCCCGGAUGCUCUGAUAGUCUUACAGGAAGCUUUGUUUUACUGUAGUAAUCACCAUCGGCUUUCACAUUCCCCGGUGCAUCGUCUUUGAGUUGCUUUUAUAAAUGAAUCGAUGAGCAGAACAUACUGGAUGCAGUAGCUUUGACUGCAUCGUGACUGAACUGUGCCAAAGGUGCAAGCUUUUUUUUUUCUUCUUUUUUUUGUGUUCUGAAUGUGUCAAAGCAGAGAUUUCCUUUGAAUGCAUUCAGCCAGAUCAUUUCAGAGAUACACAUGGAUGUGGACCACAGAACACGCUUCUGAGUGAUUGCAGUUUCUACACUUGCGAAGCGCUGAUGAUAAACGGCGCCGACCACAGACGCGGCCCAGACGUCGUCCUCCUCGUUCGCCAUACGUGUCGGCGAGGGGGGGAACAGGGUGGGAGGAGAAGAUAAAAAUGUUCCUGAGACGCAGCUGACAUCUGGGCUGUCAUAUCUGAAAUUUAUUGAACGUCUGGCUGUCUGCGCUUCGGUUAAAAGUGUUGGAGUGGAAUUUGAAUUACAGUUGACUAAUAAGCUCUUUGGGGAUUUUGCAUAACUUCAAAUCAAUGCCAGCCUGGAAUUUGGUAAAAAAGCAAAAACGGUCACGUCAGGUGAAUCGUCGACCUCCACGUCCAGCACGACAGAAACAAGUCUUGUAAUUCAGGGAAACGCUGGAUGAGGUCAGCCUGUUUUUAAAAGAAUAAUAGAAAUUUUUGGGGCCAAAGCAGAAGUGAGAAGAAGCAGACUUUCAUUCCUGUUUCAUUUGCAUGAAACGGAGAAAACAAAUAUCCCUCAUGAAUUAUUGUUUUCCCCUCUUAUUUCUAACCGUUACAAUCUUUCGCAGCAGAACUGAGCUGAAGAUUCAUUCCACGGAUUUCAUAUUUGAGAAAACUUAAUGCUAAAUUUCGAGGCUGUUUUUCCUGCAGUCGGUGAUGGGACGAUAUUUGAUGCCUUUUUUUCUCUUCAAUCAAAGUGGUGCUCUGAGAAAGUGAAGAAAGAGGGGCGGGUCGGUAUAAAAAAGAAAAAAAGAAAAAGACCCAAGAAGUGUUCUGUAAAGAAUGAAAAUACUGACACUGUAAAUGCACUUUAGAUGGUAAAUCUAGCUGUUUUAUAGGAAACUAAAUUGGCUACGUUUCGUUCACAGGUCCACAGACGGACUGGUCGUCAGGUAAAGGGUUUCAAGGGGUUAUGCUGGUAUUUUAUUUUAGUAUUGAGUUCCCAAUGCCAAUUUUAAUAACCAUUCACGAGUUAACCUCUUCCAGUUACUCACCUCCGAUUUGUUUUUGCAGUCUUAAAAAAAAAAUUCUUAAUUACAUAUAUGAAAUGCUUAGCAGAAGUUGCACAUUCUGUAUAUGUAAUUGAUAUUUAAGUAACUUAUUUUUUUGCUUUGUUUUUUUUUCAUAUCAACUGUAAUUAGCUGUACUAUAUGAAUAGCAAUACCUUCCUGCAUAAUGCAUAUUGCUCUAGCCAGUAAGGAACUACAGUAUGUAUUGUAAAAUAUGUGUACAAAUUAUUUUAUUUGGUUUUCAUCUACCUAAUGAUUGUCCAUACAGAUCUGCCUGUGUAUUGAAACAACAAAAGUAAUGUCCAUAACUAUUUGUCAUUCUGAAAUAUAAUUAAAAAAAACAGUUUCUUGCCA